GUGUGAUAGAGAGUGCGCUUUCCGGACACCAAUAGGUGUUCAUGUGUUGAGUGAAUGGCAGCCAAUGAGUGAUGAAAUGCCCGAAAGGGACGCUCUGUGCGGGUGUUGUGAGUGAAGGCCUAAAUGUAUUGCAGUAUUGAAUUGAAUGAAAACAUUUGUCUAAAAACUAUUACGACAUUCAAUGCAUUCAUUCAUCGAUUGAAUGCAAACACAAAUCAUUGACUCAUUAUUUACAUUGACUUUUGAAUCACUUUUGAAUCGGAUUUGAAAAACAAAACACAAAAACAUUUGACUAUUUGUGACAAUAAUUUGUGAUGAGUUUAGUGUGAGAAUUGGUCCCCAAAGAGAUGAACGAUACCAACGAUAAGCCGUUUGUCUGCACCGAAAGGGCAUGUCUUAUGAAGUUCUCGACAGUGGAUCGGUUGGCAGUGCAUCAGAAACAGCACACAAUGAAACUGAAGUUGUCGUCAAUGAGUUCCCAGUUGUCGAUCGCAGACCAGACGCCGACGCCGUCGAGGAUUUUGGGCAACUUCUUGCAGAACUGGGAGGCGUCGGGACUCAACUCAGAGAUACAGGAGAUCACAAACUUGACGCCUAUUCUCAACGAUUCCAACCACACGUCAAAGACGGCCGCCGACGACAAUAAGGACAACACAAACACUUGUAACUCAAAGUCCAGUUCAGCCGACAAUCCUUUCGCCCAAUCGUUUCAAAAUGCGCUCAAAAACACCAAUCAUUUAAAAAUACCCGAAAUAACGACACGAAUCACCGCUUCUUCGACAUCGGAUUCACCGCUCAAUACGCCCUCCAUUUUUCCGAACGAAGGGCUGAUGGCUAUCGUGAACGCGGCUCUCAAUACACCCGACCAUGACUUCCAUUUCAACACAACCAUCGAUAGAGUGGACGCAACUCUCGGCCAAACCGUUGAAACCACUCAAUCGGUGACCGCUUUGGUCAGUGAAGUGACGACCACUAACUCGAGCGCCGAAAACCGGCCAAAAGGAGAGACACUGAAGAACGCGCUGAAAGGGCAACGCUUUCAAGCGGUUCCAGUGAUACGAACGGCCAACACAUCUGCGGUCAACAAUAAUAUGACCAUUUCGUCGACGGUUCCCAAUAUUGUAAUCUCUCAGUCGAACCACAAACUGAUGAAAACACUGAACACAACAAAACUACGGACUCUUCCGAUCGCACAAACGGCACAAAUGCCUAAAAACACUGCAAUAAUUGCCCCCAAAAUGAAAGAGACUUCGCUCACGAUUGGCAACAGUAGUAACUCUCUGUAUAAAGUGAUUCUUAAGCUUCCGGACGGCCGAUCAGUUCAGUUGCCGUUAAUCCAAACGCCGAUCACUCAGACAGCGCUGCAGCCGACGAGCGCUUCCCACAAAUUGAACGACUUGUUGGCCGUCACGAGUGCUGAGUCGCUGACAAUCGGAGCGAUCACUUCGAGCUCUAGUCACGGAAACGAGACCUCACUGUCGAGUCUGCAGAGCAAAGUGGACGCCACUCUGGCAUCGCUGCCACCGAAGGCCAAACCCGGACGCAAGAGUAAGUUCGCGCCCGAAGAGGACCCGAAGGAGAAGAAGGCCCGGUCUCUGGAGCGCAACAGAGCCGCAGCCAUGAGGUGUCGACUCAAACGCAAACAUUGGAUCGAUUCCCUCGAAGAGAAGGCCGACGAAUACGAGAAAAUCAAUGAAAAACUACAAAGCGAAGUCGUGGCUCUCAGACGGGAAGUGACUCUUUUAAAGACUGCACUUCUGGCGCAUAAGGACUGUCCGGUCACUCAACAGCAACAACAACAGCAGAAAGUGACAAAUGAAGUGACACAACUAACGAUUGUGACUACAAAUGGAAAUAUUCACAGAUUAGACAAUAAUAUCAACACUAAUGGCUUGACGUGACCUUAAUUUCAUUGAGCUUUCAUUAAUAGCUAUUAAACACACAAAACAAGAGUUCAAACCAUUUGUUUAUAAAUCGAUAAUUAGUUCAAAUCAUUCAACGUUUUACCACUUUGUGAACAAUUGUGACAAAAGUCUUCACGUCUUCUCUCAAAACCAUCACUUCUUUUGAUAAUAGUUUGAAUCCAUUGUCUCGUCAUUUCGAUACAUA